AUGCCUUCUGACGGACAAGAACCUCAUCAGUUCCAAGCGGGCGACACCACGCACCGCGACAAAGACCAAUGGAAGUUCCGCGAACCGUACCGCGUGCACGAAGACGGUCCGGACUUUGACGUGAAGUGGGAAGGGAGCUGCCACUGUGGAAGGGUCACGUACCAACUCGGCAGAGACAAACCGCUGGCCGCAAAGUACUGCCACUGCACGACAUGCCAGAGGCUACACGGGGCACCGUUCCAGUGGGCCGCCAUCUUCCACAAAUCAGACAUCAACUUCACCCAGGGCCACCAUGAACUAGGCUGGUACGACCCGACGAACAAGGACAUCUCGCACCACCUCCCCUGCAAAGUGUCCUGCGCCUACUGCCGGUCGCCGAUCAUGGACGAGGGCCGGAACAUGAUCCUCCUGUUCCCGCCGCUGAUCAAGGGCAUCAACACGAAAAAGGGCAGGGAGGCAUUCAAGCCGACGUGCCACAUGUUUUAUACGCAGCGCGUCGCCGAGUUCCGCGGCGACGGGAUCGUCAAGUGGGCCGGGCUGGACAAUCAGUCUGACAUGAUCGAUGACGACGAGAACGUGAUUGUAAAGUACGAAGAGGGCAUGAAGGAGAAGGACAUGGACGAGAAGAAGCGGAAGCACGUCGAGAUGACGGAGCAGAAUGGUGGCGAAGAGGUCAAAAAGGUCAAGGACAAGGAUGGAGCCAAGGAGUAG